AUAUCUAAAACAUUAAAAAUGUGUAGCCAAAAAAAAAAAGUGGCACAGAUUUUAUCUUUGCAAGCAAAAAGCACCAAGUAAGACAAUCCAAAAACAAUCUCUCGUAAACACCUUUAGCCAUUUCUUGGCAAGAGUAAAAGGGAAUAAAUGAAAUUAGUCUCUCACAAAUUGUGAUAUAUUUACUUGAGUUUGUAGUUUUCUUCUACCGAUCAUUUGCAGCUACGACCGAUGUCGUGGUGGAUGACCUCUGUAUGGCAGUUUCUCUUGCUGUCGUCGUCGUUUGCUGCUGCUGCAGCCAGCGAUGGCAGGCGGCAGAGCGUCACUGUAGAGCACGGGGUCGUGGCCACUGACCACGGCCUGUGCUCGAGGAUCGGGAGGGACGUGCUCGUGGAGGGCGGACAUGCAGUGGACGCAGCUGUGGCUGCCGCCCUCUGCCUCGGAGUCGUCAACCCCGCCUCCAGCGGCAUUGGCGGCGGCGCGUUCAUGCUGGUCCGUCUAGCCGGUGGCGACGCGGAAGCCUACGACAUGAGAGAAACGGCUCCAAAACAUGCUUCCGAGAACAUGUAUGCAGGGAAUGCUGCUCUGAAAGCUAGCGGGGCGCUGUCCGUAGCAGUUCCUGGCGAGCUGGCGGGUCUGGCGGAGGUGUGGAGGAGACACGGCCGGCUUCCAUGGAGGAGGCUGGUUGCGCCCGCCGCGCUAGUUGCGGAGAAGGGUUUCAAGAUAUCGCCGUAUCUGCAUAUGCAGAUGGUGAGCUCGGAGUCGAAGAUUAUGGCUGAUGAGGGGCUUCGUGAUGUGUUCACACGGAACGGGAGCCUGCUAAGGCCGGGCGAUGUGUGCCACAACAAGCCUCUGGCGAAGACGCUUGCUGUGAUCUCAAUGGCGGGAAUAAGGGUAUUUUAUAACGGCUCUGUCGGGCAAAGCCUGGUCAGGGACGUGGGGAAGGGCGGAGGAGUGUUAAGUAUGGAGGACUUGGAGAGGUACAGAGUGGAGCUGAGGAGAGCGGUGAGGGCGAACGUGAUGGGAGUCGAGGUGGUAGGCAUGCCCCCGCCUUCGUCUGGGGGGGCGGCUAUGGUGCUUAUGCUGAACAUUCUGGCGGGGUACAGGGACAACUCGGAUAUUCCGAGGUCCCUGAUGGUCCACCGCCAGAUUGAGGCUCUGAAGAACGCAUUUGCGGUGAGGAUGAACCUCGGCGAUCCGGAUUUUGUCGACGUGCGACGGGUGUUGAAGGAUAUGUUGUCCGAAGAAUUUGCUGCGCAGCUGAGGAAGACUAUUUUGGACAAUGCAACGUUUAAUUCCAGCCAUUAUGGUGGGAGAUGGAACCAGAUCCACGAUCACGGCACGAGCCACAUUUCCAUCGUGGAUAGCGAACGCAAUGCAGUGUCCAUGACCACCACCAUCAACUCGUAUUUCGGAUCCAAGUUCAUGUCGCCAAGCACCGGAAUCAUCCUCAACAACGAAAUGGAUGACUUUUCCGUGCCUGAAAACGCCACAACAGACGUGCCGCCUCCUGCUCCGGCCAACUUCAUCCUCCCCGGGAAGAGGCCGUUGUCGUCCAUGACGCCUACAAUCCUUCUCAAGAAUGGAGAGCUGAAAGCAGUUAUAGGUGCAAGUGGAGGGGCAAUGAUAAUAGCAGGAACAACUGAAGUUUUGCUAAACCAUUUAGCAAGAGGGAUGGAUCCACUCUCUUCUGUUGUAGCUCCAAGGUCUUACCAUCAAGUAAGUGUUGUAAAGCACAUGCAUCUUACUAGUACCGUUGUUUCUAACAUUGCUCGUCGCCUCUGCUGCAGCUCAUCCCCAACGUACUUCAGUACGAGAACUGGACGGUGCCAACGGGCGGCCAUUUUGAGGUACCGGUCGAGACGAGAGCCGAGCUGGCAAAGAAGGGCCAUGUCCUUGAGAGCCUUGCCGGUGGCACAAUAUGCCAAUUUGUGGUUCAACAAAUGAAUGGCUCAAUGCUUGUUGGUGUGAGUGAUCCUAGAAAGGGUGGAUUUCCAGCUGGUUUUUGAGCAAUAUCAAGAUUCACCUCCAAUUUGUUCUCAUAUUCUAUAAAAGAAAACAAGAGUAAUGACAUUCAAUGCGACUUAGUUGGUGGAAUGAACAAUUUCGAUCUGAAUCCCACCAA